AUGCCCAGAGCGAGCUCGGUUUCCUACUGUGCUAGAGAUGAGCUGUCUCCUGCAGCUUUUGUGGUCUUCUGGGCAGUAGUGGGGCGUGAUGACUGUCUAAUUGCUCGUUACCAAUACCUGUCACUGUGUCUCACCGUAGUGACGCUGUACGGCGUGUUCACCAACCACUACUCUGCAAAUGGCCCGUCUCGCUGUCUCCUGCUGGAGCUGCUGGACAUCAGUGUGUCCGAGCUGCUGCUGCACUCCAGCAACCAGGGCUGCUCCAUGUGGAUGAUCCAGCACUGCGCCCGAGAUGUUCUUGAAGCCCUGGCUUUCCUGCACCACAAAGGCUACGUGCACGCAGACCUCAAGCCACGCAACAUCCUGUGGAGCGCGGAGGAGGAGUGCUUUAAGCUCAUUGACUUUGGACUUAGCUUCAAAGAGGGGAAUCAGGAUGUGAAAUAUAUUCAAACAGACGGGUAUCGGGCUCCAGAGGCAGAACUGCAGAACUGCCUGGCACAGGCAGGGCUCCAGAGUGAGACGGAGUGCACCUCUGCGGUGGAUCUGUGGAGUCUGGGAAUUGUUUUACUGGAGAUGUUCUCAGGAAUGAAACUGAAACAUACAGUCCAAUCUCAGGAAUGGAAGACAAAUAGUUCUGCCAUCAUUGAUCGCAUAUUUGCCAGUGAAGGGGUGGUUAAUUCAGCCAUUCCAACUUAUCACCUCAGAGACCUUAUCAAAAGCAUGCUUCAUUGUGACCAAGGAAAGCGAGCCUCCGCUGAGAAGGCUUUAUGCAGCCCAUUCUUCAGCAUUCCCUUUGCUCCCCAUAUCGAAGAUUUGGUGAUGCUCCCCACGCCUGUGCUGAGGCUGCUCAAUGUUCUAAGUGACGCUUCUCUGCAGUGCGAAGAAGAGUAUGAAGAUAUCCUGGAAGACAUAAGGGAGGAGUGUCAGAAGUACGGACCGGUGGUUUCCUUGCUUAUUCCAAAGGAGAAUCCUGGUAAAGGCCAAGUCUUUGUUGAAUAUGCAAAUGCUGGUGAUUCCAAAGCUGCCCAAAAAAUGCUGACUGGAAAGAUUUUUGAUGGCAAGUUUGUUGUGGCUACGUUUUACCCACUGAGUGCCUAUAAGAGAGGAUAUCUGUACCAAAACUUGCUGUAGGCAGUAGCAACAAUCAGGAGAGUUGUCUUGCUCCUCUUCCUCACAUGUUUUACAGUUGAAUGUACAAAAGAGCUUCCUAGCCCUGCUUUUGAGUCAUCUGUGAAGGAGAGAUGCAAAGGACUUAACUGGGCUUUGAAACCUUUACUGCUGCUUUGUGAUGUGCAGAGGAGGCCGGGAUGGCUUUCAGCGUGUGCUCGUGUGUGUGUGUGUUGUGCUUGCUCGUUUACAUUGGGUGUGUGGCUUUGCCCCGGAGGGCGCUGGGGUGGCAGGAGGGGUGACACUGGGAGCCUGGGAGGCCGAGCAGAUCUUGGCGAGCGCUUUGAAGUGAUUUGAAAUGAGACCAUUUGAAAUCCUGGCUUCAGCACUUGACUUUGCUCUGGAGAGAGGAUUCCUUUGUGAAGCUUUCCUAUAACGCAUGUGCUCUUCUCCAGUGCUGGGGAGGAGGCGGAAGGUUUUCCUGCCUUUUGUUGAUAUCUAUGGUAAAUAUAGAACCAGAAGCCUAUCCUCUCUAAACUAGACCAAGAAGACUUUAGAGUCUUCAUGUCAUGUAGAGCAAAGGGAGGCAGUGAAAUCAGAUCUGCUGAGCCUACCCCGUUAACCCUGUCACUGCCUCGUGACCCAAGAAGAGCCAUCCGUCUGACCUGGCACAGGUGGCAUAUGCUGGGCUUAGGCAGCGAGGUGUGGGUGACACUGAACUUGCUUGUAUGCCUGGGGUGGGCAGGGACUGAGGGUGGCUAACAUGUUGUCAGAGCAGUGCCAGCCUCAGUCCCAACACAACUUGUAAGCACUUUGUAGCCUGAGGCAAUGUGGAAACCCUGUUGUGUGGAAUCAUCUUUCUAGCACGUACCCUGUGCUGGCACUGGUGCUCCCUAGCUCUAAUGCCAAAUCAUCUGUAAUACGUAAGCGUCUUUACGUGUAUUUUUGGAAAGGAGUGCUACAGCACGCAGUAUUCUUUGUGUCUCAGCAGGACUCCCCUGCCCUGCCGGUCUUCUAAAGAAAAGAACAAAUAUUUGUAUGUCGUAGGUCCCACGCUUGGCUUUUCUGUGUUGUGUGUUUUGGUUUCGCAUUGACCCAUUAGACUUGUAGAUUAGAAGCACUGACACUUUUGGUCCUUCGUAGGUUACACAAAGGGCCUGAGGCAAUCUAAGGUCCUGUAUGGAAAGGGCUUGGUCAGUCAUCAGACUUGACGUGGCUUUCCCAGUGUCAGGGGCAACAACCACGUGCUUUUGGGGGGAAAAAAAGAUCUGGGCAAGCAGCAUUGGUGCUCGCCCCAGAGCAUGUUCUCUGCUCGUGUGGCUUCAGUGCACAAUCAGAAGCUCACUCGGGCAGCUGCCAGCGUGGGGUAGGUGGUGGCUGUUUCCCAGGGCUGUGCACACCCCUACACCCAGCAGAGCCUCUGUCUGCAGCACACAACAGCCCUAAAGAUCCUGAGGGACCAGCCUAUUCUGGCUUGCAGCCCCGGUACCUCUAGUGAGGAGGAGAGCCCUCAUGAAUUCUUUUCUCCAGCUGAAAUACUUGCGGGCAGCUGCCUGAACCGUCUCUGACCUUCCCUGGCAUAAUACCUGAAUUACCUUGCAGUUUACUUUUUGUGUCUCGCUGUUGCUGGACUUGCUGGAAUCCUGCACUUAAAAGUUCCUCUUGAAUUUUGCCAUGUGUGCAGUGUGUCGGGAGGUCCAAUGUCUGUAGCAUUUCAGGAGUCUGAGUUCCUCUCUGUGCUGGUGUGGAGUCCUGUCUACUGUGGCCCUUCUCAAACUCCCCCAGAAAGGACCAAUUUCUUUAAUAUUUCUGUUGCCUUUGAGGUGGUAGGUUUUCCAGGGAAAAAAAAAAAUAAUUAAAUUCCCACAGUGAGUUUUAAGGUGUGAUUUGCUGAUCAGACUUUUUCUGGGGAUGAUGCUACUUUGGUGUACGUAGCUGUAAAGCAGCUUUGCAUAGAUGGGGUGUGUGAUUCAUGGCUUUUAAUUUAACUGUCCUUGCAGUGAAGCACCUUUAGUGUCUGGAAGGAAUGGGAUGAUUGACUGGGUGAGGGUUUUUCUUAUGUGAAGAGCAGUGUUUAAAGUACUCUUAAGUAUUGGUAGGUAUUGACUGACCUCCUCAGCUCUGUGUUGUUGCUGUCCCUGGUGGGCUGAGCCAGGGGUGAAACUGCUUUGGCUAAGAAAUUCAUGUGUGGAAUGCCAUCGUGUCAGCAGCAUUCAGCUGGCUGCCUGUGCCCCCGUCACCUGGCACGAGCAGAUCCAAGAGCUCCUGCCUUGCUGAGUGCCAGCCCACACUGGGACAUGGGGAGCUCCCUCGGGGUGCAGGGUGUGAGGUCUGUCACCUCCAGUGGUACCGAGAUGGAGAGAUGCUGGGGCACAGGUGCAGGCAUUUAAGUUCCCACAUGCAUUUCUCCAGGACUGUGAACUGCUCUGUCAUCUUUCAAGCCUGUCUCUUUCAGUCAGAAUUAUGCUUUGGAUUUGCAACUAAAGAUGGAGAGCCAUGCCAGGAUUAAUCUUAAGAGAGGAGCUACAACCUGUUCCCACAGUAUGGUAGAGCUGUUCCACCAGAGUUUGGCUGGGGUUUUGUUCAGCUGCUUUAAUAGGAGCUAAAGAAAUCUUCAAGAUGCAAACUCUUGCUACCAGAUAUUUUUUCUCCAGAUGCUCAUUGAUGAGGCUUGAGCACUGAGCUGGGCAAAACACCUAGAGCUGCUUUUUUUUAUUAUUAUUUUCAUCCUGGCAAGGGUUGAAGAUGCCGAUCUCUGUCCUGUCACUGCAUCCAGCCCAUGGCUUCCCUCUGCAGGCUGUGGGGUACAGGGAGGUUUAGAAGCUCCUCAGAGCAGAAGAGUUUUAUCAUUAUUCCUCACCCUCUGCCUUCAAAGCCUUUUACUAUCAACCUGAAGCUCACUCUGGUGUCUGCAGUGAUCUACUGAUGGCUUGGCCUAAGUUUCAGCCCUGCUAAAACCCGUGGGUUUCUUAAUUCUGGCUUGUAUCUAAGUGUUGUGUGGUGAUUCAGUCCAAGGCGUCUGUGGCAGUGUGUGCCUGGAUGGGCCUGGCUCUCCUUAUCUCCAAAUUACUGCCUGCUUGAGUUGCAGAAGCGUUGAGGCUUUCUACUUGGAUGCUCACUGGGUUUCUCCGUUUGUGCUGCUUGACACAACUUCUUCCUAAUAGCACUGACCUACGUAUGGUCCUCGGUGGGUGACACCUAGAUGUGAAAACUCACAGGCUGCCUUUGAGGGAGGGAUCUGCUUUGAGGAGGGGAAAGGGAUGAAAGAUGAAGCCUCUGGAGACAGCCAGGGAAGGCUGGCCCUGCUCUGGUGGGAUGCCAGGGCAGGCAUCCCGCCCUUCUCCCCAGGAGGAGGCACUCCAAGGGGCUGCAUCCCUUUGGAGAACGUGUGUGAAGAGGGAACACGGUGUCUCUCAGCCAGUCCUUGGUGGUGGUUGGGUUUUGUAGCUGUUCUGACAGAAAGUGUCACUGCCAGCCGGAGAAUAGCUGUCCUUCCUCUGCCACCAGUGUCUGUGUGGGAGCGAUGAGGGAAAGUUCUUUGCACUUCCACCUAUUUAUCAUAUGCAAGGAGGGUAGAUGUUUUUUAAAUCCCUUGUGGCCGAAGCACAAGUCAGCUCUGAUGUUAGCUGUAGUCCUGAUUUUAGUCCCGCUGGUCUCCAGCCUCCUGACGGCGCAGCCCCAGCGCCCCAUCGCACCCAGGCCGUCUCUCCAGAGCAUCCCCUCCUCUUCCUCCCGCCGUGCUGGGUCUGUAACCACGUGCCUCCCGUGGGGUUAGAUGUCAACUCCUGUAUCCCGUCACGCACCGUUGCUGAGCAGAUGUGUGCUUGAUACAGACGAUUAAUAAACGAUGCUUCAGUACGA